AUGUUGCUUAAUAGGGUUUUGAAGGUUUCCCAUCUCCGCAGCCUUGUACCCAAACUUGUUCGUACUUAUUCCACCGUCCCGGUAGAUCCACCCAAAGCGAUUCCCAGUGUCCCACACGAUCCUCGAGAGCCCAGAUUUCUGACCAUCUACCGGUUCCCUCACAUCCUCAAAGUCCUGACUUUUACGCGAUUCAAAAUCUAUCAAACAUCGCUUACCCUGUUCAUAUUUUUGCCAUUUGGAGCACUUCUACAAUAUCGUGAAGCUAUUCACCCUCUUAUAUUUCAAGGCCUUCUAGGUGUGUCCCUGUUCUCUGUGGGCGUUUUAGUACUUGCCGGCGAGCGUGCCCGUAGGAUCAUCGGUGGGGCUUACUUUGAUCCGGAAACCAAUGAGGUGAAGAUCUCUCACUUGUCAUUUUGGGGCUCGAGAGUGGAUUCGGUGUUCCGGGUUCAAGACAUCCAAUUGGCUUCAGACACGUCCCAGCCCGUGGAUUCGACGUUGUGGGCCGUAAACUUCAACGAUGAGGCGUAUAGGCAACUUCUUAUUUCCACUAAAUACGGCACGAUCUACAAUGCGAGAUAUUUCAACCACGUGUUUGGCACCGAAUUGGAAGACACCGAUCAAGGAGACGAAAUUGAAUAG